AAAUCUGGGGGUGUAAUGUUAUCAUAUAUCACGCUACCUCGUAAAACCGACACGGAAGCCUACCGGACCACAAAUCACCUCAAAAUUAUGAGUUCUUCGUAUUAUGUGAACGCUCUUUUUAGCAAAUAUACGACGGGGGCUGCUUCCCUCUUCCAAAAUGCGGAGCCCACGUCUUGCUCCUUUGCUACCAACUCGCAGAGAAGCGGCUAUGGACCAGGCGCUAGCGCGUUCACCUCCUCCAUGCCUGCCUUGUACAACGUGAACAGCACCAUAUAUCAAAGCCCGUUCUCUUCCGGAUACAGCCUGGGCUCGGAUGCCUACAACCUGCAUUGCUCCACUUUUGAUCAGAACAUUCCCGUCCUUUGCAAUGACUUAACCAAACCCAGCUGUGACAAAGCGGAGGACAGCAACCUGCACAGCCAGGCGGAGAGUAAUUUCCGGAUAUACCCCUGGAUGAGGUCUUCAGGUCCGGAUAGGAAGAGAGGGCGUCAGACCUAUACCCGUUACCAAACUCUGGAGCUGGAGAAAGAAUUCCAUUUCAACCGCUAUCUGACCCGGCGGCGGCGGAUAGAGAUCGCCCACGCCCUGUGCCUGACCGAGAGGCAGAUCAAGAUUUGGUUUCAAAACCGGCGCAUGAAAUGGAAGAAGGAACAUAAAGAAGAAGCUGGAGGCGGCGGCGGCGGCGGCAGCGGCGCCCCGGCGGCCAACGACAGCACAUCAGCUACUGCCUCUGUGGAGAAAGUAGAGGAGGAGGAGGAAGAAGAGGAAGAGGAAGCGGAAUGAACGGACAACUCCCCCCCCCUCUCCCGGGCUCUCGCUCGCCGGAGCCCAGCGCUCGUCUUCUGUAUGCACGUGACAUUGUAAACGCUCUCUUCAAAUAAUAAUUAAAAUCUAUUUAAAAAGGAGACCCUUGCAAUCGCCAAUUCCAAUUAUAAGGGAUGGGGGGAGAGGCGAGUUCACCUCGACUGGCCCUUCCGCAUUCCCAGAGCAUCCGAGACACAGCUCUGUGUAAACUAAGAGUAAAAUUAUCACUUGAACACCCGGACCAGUUUGGCUGUGAAUGUCCAGACCUGUUGUAUUAUUAUUUUUUGUUACAUGAUAGACGGAUAGAUUUUUCUCCCCGCCCUGAUAUCUGUGAGGGGAGGGGGGUGUCGUAACUUGCACAUAAUAAGAAAAAGAAAAAGGGGGGAAAACGCUGGGGAGCCGCAUAUAGUUUAACUUCCAAAUAAACUACCUGACUGUACUGGUCCCAAUCAAUCGCUAAGGGAUAAGUGCAUUAGGCUCACACUCAAACUACCUAAUUUACGCUGAGGAUCGAUGUACUUCCAGUUACUGAAUUUCUUUGUUCUUGUUUCUUUGUUUAAAAUAACCUGAAGAAGGAUUUGGGGGUGGGUGGGGAAUUUCGAAUUCCAUGCGGGGGAAAACAAUGACUUAAACCACUACACUCAGCUGCAGUGAUUUGUACUACCUAUUUUCCAAACUACCUAUUAUCUAGCUCCGCCUACCUAUCUUCAAAAUUAUGCUGUAUUUUAUUAAUGCAAAAAGGAAAGAUGACGAUACUUAAAGCGGACUUCCUUGCAGGACCUGAAGCGCAGCGCAUAAGGUGUAAAAGGGAAAACAAUUGAAAUGGGAGGCCUUCCCAAGUCCGCCACAGGAUUUGAUGCCUGGUAUUGUUGAGUAUAAUUUAAAGUUUUUAAAUAAUAAUAAUAAUAUAUUUAUUCUAAGGCUGUUAUUAAGUGGAAACAAUAUGCUGCAAUGUAAGCUUUCGUCACACAAGUCUUCGCUAGGCCGAAUUUGAUGGAGGUUAAACCAUCGCAAUGGAUUUGUACAAAGCGGUUUCAUCGCAUCCUUUUUGUGCGGCUCUGCUCAAGGCCGAUUUAGUGUUCCCUUUUGAGUUUUCUACCAUUCUGCUUGAUGCAACUGAAAAAAAAACACAAAGCAACAAAUUGAAAAAAAAAGAAAGAUGUGAAUUUAAGCACCGGCCACAUAUAGCUAUUCUCAGCCACCUUAUUCCCUUCUCCCUAUUGCCAGAAUGUGUUAAGUCUGAAGCAGCGUUAAUUUUCAUAACAAAGAACGAAUAUUGUAUAUUGGAUCGAGGGAGGCUUGAGCCAUUUCUGAUUUUCUUGGACCUCAUUGAUAAAUAUACCAUGUCAUCUGCUGGGAAGCCCGUACCUGGUUAGGCAAACUUUGUAGCAUGAAGCAACGUCGACAACUCUGUAUAAAUAAAUUCUGCCUUGAAAGUUUUGGCUAAACUUUAUUCAUAAAAUGUACGUUACAAUGUGUUUUUUCCACUGUGAACAUUGAGGUAUCUCGUGUUAAAAUUGAAGGGGGCGGGAAGUGCGUGUGUGUGUGCGUCUGCGUGAAUACUCUUCGGAGGUGCUGUCGUGUAUCGCCCACGUUCGAUGUGUUUUAUGUUACACAGAAAUAAAAAAAUGCUUGUUGACAAAA